CGAGAGCGCCAGUACUGUGAACUUUGUGGGAAAAUGGAGAAUCUUUUGAAGUGCGCGAGGUGUCGAAACUCCUUCUACUGCAGCAAGGAACACCAAAAACAGCACUGGAAAGAACAUAAGCUCACUUGUAAGGAAGCGGACAAAACGCACCAUCCAAAACAGAAGCCCGAGCCUGAGCAGCCACCCGGGGAUGCGAAGCAGGCAAACACCGGCGCGUCUUUGCCCCAAACCACAAACGCGGAGCCACAGGCGCCUGGAGAGCAACCAGCUGAGGAGGGCUCCAACAAUACCGCCACACCUAACGGACAAACGAGUUCAUCCCCACAGAAACUGGCCACGGAGUACGUGAUCCCGUGCAUGAACAAGCACGGCAUCUGCGUGGUGGACAACUUUAUGGGCGAGGAGAUUGGACUGAGCAUCCUGGAGGACGUCAAGGCCCUGCACAAAACUGGCCGAUUCACGGACGGGCAGGUGGUCAGUCAAAAAAGUGACUCCACUAAAGACAUUCGUGGGGACAAAAUUACGUGGGUCGACGGGAAGGAGCCCGGCUGUGAGAAGAUCCGCUUGCUCACCACACGCAUGGACGACUUGGUUAGACAUUGUAAUGGCAAACUGGGCAACUACGCAAUUUUUGGAAGGACAAAAGCAAUGGUAGCAUGUUACCCUGGAAACGGGACCUGUUACGUGCGCCAUGUGGAUAACCCCAACGGCGAUGGACGUUGUGUCACAUGCAUAUAUUACCUUAAUAAAGAUUGGAAUGUACAGGAGCAUGGUGGCCUUCUUCGAAUCUUCCCAGAAGGAAAAUCCCAAGUUGCCGACAUAGAGCCCAAAUUUGAUCGGCUCCUUUUUUUCUGGUCAGACAGACGGAACCCUCAUGAGGUUCAACCUGCUUAUGCUACCAGGUAUGCCAUCACCGUGUGGUAUUUUGAUGCAGAUGAACGAGCUAGAGCGAAAGAAAAGUACUCAACAGGUGCAGGAGAAAAAGGAGUAAAGGUUGAACUCGGCAAGCCAUCUGAUCCCAGCUAG